AUGGGAAAAGACCAAGAGGAUAACAACAAACUAACAGAGAAACUUGUGGGGAAAAAGCAAGAGGCUCAAUCAAGUGAAGACGAAAAGGAACAUAAACCUGAGGAGUCUGUAAAAGAUAGCAAAGUUGAACUGGUAGACAACAUGAAAACAGAAAAGGGUGAAAGUAUCAGGGCUAAAGAACAAGAAAAGACACAAAAAGAGCUUUCAAAGGAUGCAGAAGAACAAUCGCAACCUGAAAAGUCAAAGAAACAGGAGGACAGCAAAAGCAGUAGUAGUCUAGCAAGUGUGACAAUAGAAAAGGGUGAAACUGGCAAGCUAAAAGAAACAGAAAAGACACCAGAAGACCUUUCCAAAGUUGCUGAAGAAAAAUCACGACCUCAAAAGUCACAGAUACCAGAGGACAAAAAAAGUGACAGUGUAAAAACAGAAAAGGCUGAACAUGCUAAGCCUAAAGAAACAGAAAAGACAAAAGAAGAACUUUCCAAAGUUGCAGAAGAAAAAUCACAACUUGAAAAGUCACAGACACAGGAAGUCCGCAAAAGUGACAGUGUAGACAGCAUCAAAACAGAAAAGGCUGAACAUGCUAAGCCGAAAGAAACAGAAAAGACACAGGAGGACCUCUCCAAAGAUAAGGAAGAAAAAUCACCUGAAAAGUCAAAGAAACAGGAGGAGAGCAAAAGCGAUAGCAGUUCUGAAAGUGCAACAACAAGCGGAGGGCAAGCUAAAGUCACAGAGAAACAGGUUGAUGAAAUACUGAGUAAUCAACCCCCCAACGCUCAGGAAUUAACAUCUGAUGCAAAGCCUGAGCAAAAGGAUAUUAAAAAAAGCAAAGAGGAGAUGCCUGAAAAAACUGUAGAGGUGGAUAGUGUGACAACCAAAGGCAGUGGAACCAGCAAAGAUGUUAAAAAUGAAGAAACUCCCAAAAGUCAGCGGUGCACAUGAAGUGAAGUCUGCAAAAUCUGAGACGCCAACCAAAACAGAAGCUAAAGCUCUGUAGAAGACAGAGCAGGUCAAAGAGAGCAGCAAGCAGGACAACGUGGACAUCAAAGGUCCAGAAGAAACAACUAAGCCCUCUAGUGUAAUGUAGAAUAUAAACAGCAGGGGGGGAAAAAAUGAGAAAAGAGAAUGUUCAAAUAGCCCCCUUGACGAAUCUAAUAUAAAUUACAAUUG